AUGCCCCUGACAAAACGUGGGCGUAGUGGUAGUAUAAGUAGUCGACUAUUAAGUGCUUCGGAUCUUGAAGAACGUGGAUAUAUUGACAGGUAUCAAAAAGGGGUGUUAAAGGAUCUUAUUAUUAGUGGUGAUGAAGCGUUGCAAAAAGCACUUGAGAAGUUUGACGCUGGUGAUCCAACAACUUUGGAAGCAAUGUUGGACAGUGGAGCACUUAAUAGAAAGUCGUCGUCAAUUGAUUUAUUAGAUGAUUUGGACUUGGGCUUUUUAAACGUUGGAUCGUUAGGUGAUACUCCAAAGGAUGAGUUUUCAUCAGGUACACGGAAUCAGACGUUAGAUGAAUGGGACGAACUUGGUUUCGACUCUUCAUUUACUGACGUCUCAGCUCGAGAUGUUUUAGAUCAUGAAUUCUAUAGCUCAUCCUUGGGAGCGUCGUUACCCAAUUCAUUACCAUCAAUGGGACUUGGUAUCACGCCACCUGCUGGAUUUAGUUUUGCCGACGACUUCUUAGACAAAAAAACAAAACCUGAGUCUGGAGGAACGCGAGAAACUAGUAAGAAUGACAGUGCGAAACAUUGUACAACUUCAUCCAGUAGCUCAAGUCUUUCAACGUCUCGACCAAUUGGAAUUCCUGGAGCAGCAACAACUGGUACGAGUCGAUCAUUUAAUAGUGACAAGAGUAAUGAUGGUCAGAAACACACGUUUGUUGGUGCUUAUUCUCCUGACUCGCGACGUAAACGGAUUGAAAAGUUUCUUGACAAACGACAAAAGCGCGUGUGGCGGAAAGAAGUCAAGUACGAUGUACGAAAGAAUUUUGCAGACUCACGAUUGCGUAGUGAUGAUGCAGCAAGAAUGAUAUUCCGUUUGGAUCACUUUGUUGGUGACGCAUUGUUAUUAGGAAGGUGGAAACAGGAAAGUUGGUGGAUCGAGAGAGGCAAGAUUGAUCCAUUUACUUUGAUACAGGAAGCGAAGAUACUGAUAACGAUCUGA